CGCGCUGUUACUCUAUCACUCUAUGAGCUGUCCGCCAUUAGUUGGUCUGUGCGAGCGGGGCGGUGUGUUCGCUGGUCGCUAGGUUGGCACGCAGCAGCAGCAUGUCUUGGUCCAAGAGCCUCGCUGUCAUACCGAAAAGCAUUGAUAUAGGCAAAAUAGAGGCGUAUCGAACGUCGAGAAGCGUCGGAAACCGCAAUGCACUACGCAGCCAUAAGUUCGUCGCAGAAAGCUACGUCCAGUGCUCGACGAUUGAAACAUGUUCAUUCACAGCGCAUGAUUCCACGCUCGUGCGCGUACGCGCUAAGUGCUUCAGGAGCCAAAAGAAGACUGCAACACCAUAUGCCGUGUCAGCCCUGCUGACGCACGAUGGUUUUGUGAAAGAGUGUACAUGCGAGUGCGCUGCUAGAGAGAACGGUACAUGUCACCAUGUCAUGGGACUGUUGAAAGUCCUUGUGCUGCUUCUUGACAACGGGUAUGCAGAGGCUCCGCCAGAAAUGUCAUGUACGGAACUGCCACAAAUCUGGAGAAGGCCCCGGGGGCACAAAAUACCGGCUUCUAGCGUCGACGAAAUUGACUGGAGAGCCGCACGGCCAGACGGUCUUUCUUACCCACUCCAAUCGCGUCUUUAUGAAGCCAGGAAAAGACCGCGGAGCGUAGAAGAGGUUCAGAAAGCUGUGAGGCAGUUUGCAAGAGAGAUGGCUGCACAUACUGCGAGUCCACUUCUGGAAUACUGGCAGUCUGCAACACCAAAGAAAGCAGACAGUUUGUUUGGCGAGACAUGCGAAGGCAGCCUCUUGUGGAGUCAGAAACCACUUGUGCCACAUGACUUCACCACUUAUUUAUGCCCAGAAAUUCAGGUUGGGGUGAAUACGGAGUUGACACCCAUGCAGCCAGCAUUUUUUUCAGAACCCGUAAACACUGUUGUGUCGUGUGUGGGCCUGCCACCAACGCAGCAGGCUGUAAUCGAGGCUCUCAUGCUGUCUGUUGAUCAAGCUCGCCAGCUUGAGCAGACCUCUCGCCAGCAGAGCCAAAGUGCGACAUGGAAAGCUGCUCGCAAGAACCGCUUAACUGCUUCAAAUUUUGGUGUUGCUGUUACACGUGAGAAUUGGACACAAAAAGGCCUGCAGAGCCUCACCACAGACAGAGAUCUGUCUAGAGUAAGGGCCAUCCAGUAAGUACAGGUUCAAAAACAU